AUGGCUACGUCGUCCACUAAACAGUAUGGCGUCAGCCCGCCGAUUUCCACUGCCCUGCCUGAACCGUUAGACAACGAGAAGACCGCAGACUUGAUAGAAGAACUUAAGAGGGAGAACAACUAUGAGGCGCAAGAUGAGACUAAGAAACGAAUCGCGACUCUCCACCUUUUGAAUCGGGUCACUCAGGAAUUCGUGCGAGAAGUCAGUCGGAAACAACGACUCCCACCCGCGCAAAUUGAACAGUUUGGUGGCAAGAUCUUUCAUUAUGGGAGUUACCGGUUGGGCGUGUUCGGUCCAGGCUCUGAUAUCGACACGCUGGCAGUGGCCCCGCGACAUGUCACUCGUGAGGACUUCUUUGAGAUGUAUCCUGGAGUUCUCGAACGGCUAGCUGGUCCAGGAGCCAUCACCUCGUUGACAGCCGUGCCCGAAGCCUUUGUUCCCAUCAUCAAGCUGGUCCUGAAUGGCAUCGAGAUCGAUUUGAUCUUUGCCUCGAUUUCCUCCCUUUCAACCAUUCCGAAGGAUUUAACUUUGAACGACAACAGCCUCCUUACAGGCAUCGACGAGCGAACUGUCCGAGCCGUCACUGGUCCACGAGUCACUGAUGAGAUUUUGAAAUUGGUUCCCGAACAAAAGACCUUCCGAACGGCUCUGCGAGCAAUCAAAUUGUGGGCCCAGAGAAGGGCGAUCUAUGCCAAUAUCGUUGGUUAUCCCGGUGGUGUGGCUUGGGCUAUGCUUGUUGCUCGUGUCUGUCAAUUGUAUCCGCAUGCAGUCGGAGCUACAAUUGUCGAUAAGUUCUUCUUCGUGAUCAAGGACUGGAAAUGGCCAACUCCAGUCAUGUUGAAAGACAUUGAACAGGGCAGGACUGCAGAGGAGAAGUCAAGGUUUCGAGUUUGGAACCCCGCUAUCAAUACGAGUGACCGCAAGAAUAUCAUGCCCAUUAUCACCCCAGCCUUCCCAAGCAUGUGUGCAACCUACAACAUCUCAAAAUCGGGCAAAACUAUUAUUUUGCGUGAGCUAGAGAGAGGCGGUCAGAUCACAAACAAGAUCUUUGCGGGAAAGGCUUCGUGGAGUGAUCUCUUCAAGAAACACACCUUCUUCACUGCCGACCAUAAAUACUAUCUCGCCGUCACUGCUAGCUCCUCGAAUCCCGAUGCAGCCAAGGCUUGGGCAGGUGCUGUUGAAUCCAAAAUUCGUCUCUUUGUCAUGCAGUUGGAGCUAAUCUCCGAUAUCAAGCUCGCCAGACCAUUUACAAAAGGGUUCAAGAGAGUUCACAAGUGCGAAAAUGAAUCCCAACUUCGAGAGGCGCAAAAAGGCAGCAUGAAGUACAAAAUCGAAGAGACAAAGACUGUGGAAACAAAUGACCCCGAGUUGGUGACUGCCGGCGGUGAAGGCGCCGCUAUACCCGCCGCUGAAAACGCUAAAGCAGAAGUGGAUGGAAAUGCACAUAGUCUUUACACAUAUACUUUCUACAUUGGCAUUGACACCAUCCCCAAAGGAAGUUUGAACUUGGUUCCAGCCUUUUCAGCCUUCAGGGAUGUUUGUGAAGGUUCGCCAACCUACGUCAAAGAAUUACAUACACUGAGUCUUGCAUCCUUCAAGAGGUGA